UCUACGCUACGGACAGCACGCCGGAGAGCGGCGGUUCACGGUGCGGCGAAGGAAAAUGAGAUAACAGUCCGGAUAUAUGGCCAAGUUUAAGAUGAAAAUCUGUCAGCUAUGGCUGCUUUUUGUUUUGUUUCUUCCUUUAUCGGGUGUUUUAUGUUUCAGCGAGUUGUCGUUCAUCACAGAGCCCAGUGAUGUGACUUUACUACCAAAGGACCCUGCUGUCUUGGACUGUCAGGCUCAUGGGCAGCCUCCAGUCACCAUCAAGUGGCUCAAGAAUGGAGUUCGGUUGGCAGAAAGCGAGCACAUACAUUUUCUGCCAAACGGCUCCUUGUACAUACCAAAGGUAAAGCAAACCAAUGAGGAUUCAGAUGAAGGAUUCUAUCAGUGCCUCUCCCAGAAUAAAUAUGGAGCUAUCCUAAGCCAAAGAUCACGUCUGACUAUCGCAAGUAUCUCAGAGUUUGUCUUGCAUCCUGUGCCUGUGGCGGUGACUGAGGGGUCAGUAGCACGAUUCUCCUGUGCAGUCACCGCCAACCCUCCUGCCACCAUCACCUGGGAGCUCAACCAAAGCACAUUACCACUACAGACAGACAGAAUCACAGUUUUGCCCAAUGGAGUUUUGCAAAUUCACAAUGUGCAGUUGGAAGAUGCCGGACAAUAUCGAUGUGUGGCAACUAACAUUGGAAGCCGCUUGAAGAGCAGAGAAGCCACGUUGACCGUCAACCAAGGUACAGGCCCUAAACCACGUCAGAGGCCUCGAAUCAUUGCUGGACCUCAGAAUGUCACAGUCUCUCGUCACCAAACUGUGGUUCUGGAGUGUGUGGCCACAGGAAACCCCUGCCCCAUAAUCUCCUGGAGCCGCGCCGACAGCAAACCCAUUGAUGUGUACAAAGCUAAAGUGCUGGGUAAUGGGAACCUGGUUAUUGCUGACGUCAAUUCCAAGCACAGUGGAAUUUACCUCUGCAGAGCCACCACUCCUGGAACCCGCAACUACACCAUCUCUGCAGCCAACAUCACAGUUCUAGAGCCACCAAACAUUGUGGAGAGGCCUGAGAGCCAGACUCGUCCAAGAGCAGGUACGGCUAGGUUUAUGUGCCAAGCAGAGGGAGUUCCCUCACCACACAUCAGCUGGCUAAAAAAUGGAGAAGAGGUUCACUUAAAUGGAAGGAUUAAAAUGUAUAACAGUAAACUGGUUAUUACCCAGAUCAUUCCUGAGGAUGAUGCCAUCUAUCAGUGCAUGGCAGAGAGUGAACAGGGCUCUGUGCUGUCCUUGGCUCGCCUUAUUGUUGUCAUGUCUGAGGACAGGCCCAGUGCACCAAGAAAUGUCCACGCUGAGACCAUCUCGAGCUCUGCUAUCUUACUGGCCUGGGAGAGACCACUCUACAAUGCAGACAAAGUCAUUGCCUACUCCAUACAUUACAUGAAAGCAGAAGGGCUAAACAACGAAGAAUACCAAGUUGUUAUUGGCAAUGACACAACCAGUUAUAUCAUCGAUGACCUUGAAUCAGCUCGAAACUACAGCUUCUACAUUGUGGCUUAUAUGCCAAUGGGAGCCAGUCGUAUGUCGGACCAAGUCAGUCAACAUACCCUGGAGGAUGUGCCUUUACGAACCCCAGAGCUGACUCUUACCAGCCACAGCCCAACUGAUAUCCAGGUGAGCUGGCAGCCACUGCCAGCCAAGGUGAGCCGUGGUCAGGUGUCUGCAUACAGACUAUCAUAUCGUUCAGCUGCAGACAACAGCGUCAUCUCUGUGGAGCUACUGCAGAACAGCACCAAAUAUCUGCUGGAGAGCCUGCAGCCUGACACCAUCUACCUACUGCGUAUGGCUGCAGCCACCCGUGUGGGCUGGUGUGAGCCUUCAGCCUGGACCUCACAUCGCACACCCAAGGCCUCCAGCAACAAAGUGCCUUCAGCCCCUGUUCUUCAACUUGAGCCGCUUAACUGCAACUCCAUUGUGGCUCGCUGGCAAACCUCUGCAGACUCUGUGGUUGUCCAGGGUUACCGGCUGUGUUACCAUGAAGAGGGUCAACCAGAGCAGCCCAACAUUCAACUGCAGGCUCAAAUCAACACCUACACCAUCAGUGGCCUUGAUCCAAGGAGAAAAUAUCACAUCAAGAUUCUGGCUGUCAGUCAAGCUGGAGAUGGAUAUCAGACAGACCAAACAGUUAGCACUCCAGGAUGUGUGUCGGCUAGAGAUCAACUGGCAGCUGCUCUUCCACCUCCAGAUCAAGUGACUGUCUUGGCGAACAAUUCGUCUGCAGUAUCCCUGCGAUGGAGCCGUCCUGCUUUCCUCUCAGGAAAGGCUGUUAGCUAUACAGUCCGCUGUACACCUGUGGGCACACACAACUCCUCCGCUAUACGCUACAUACAAACGACCAAACAGAGUGUGGUGGUUCAGAAUUUGGAUUCAAACACUCGCUAUGAGUUUGUCGUGCGUCUCCAUGUCGACCAGAUGUCGAGUCCCUGGAGUUCAGUUGUUUACCAUCGAACCCUGCCUGCAGCACCAAGCCAACCACCUGCAGGAGUGCGAGUAACGCUGAUCGAGGAUGACACUGCUCUGGUGUCCUGGAGGGAGCCCACAGAGCCCAAUGUGAUUGUUACACAUUACACCAUCAUGUAUGCUUCCCAGAAAGCCUGGAUGGCAGGACACUGGCAAAUACUGCAGAGGGAGGGGAGCCACACAAUGGCCUUGCUGGAGAAGCUGGAGCCAGGUAACGUCUACCUGGUGAAGAUCUCUGCCUCCAAUCAGGUUGGUGUCGGGCCUUUCUCUAACAUUGUCGAGCUGCCACUGAAGUGGGGAAACAAUCACCGCAGCAAGAACCCCCGCCACUCUGACAGCUUCCCAGACACAACAGUGCUCUCUGACGGUCUCUACAACUUAGACCAGCGAUCAAUGACGGGAAUCAUUGUUGGUGUGAGCAUAGCCUUGGCCUGUAUUAUUAUGUGUGCCUUGAUCCUAAUCAGCAAGGGCAGACCAAGAAAGUCCCCUGGUCACAAAGUGAUGGCUGUAGGAGCUGGUGGAGGUCCACAUGCUGGUGUUUCCCUGCCCAGUGAACUCCGCACAGAGAACGUGGAGGCGCUUAUACCCAUGAUGAGUGCUCACUUCUUUGAUGCCAGGGGUGGAUCUAAUAUAAUCAUAAAUAGUGCCGGUCCAGUCAGCAACAAGAAUCUAAGCAAGAGGUGGCUGCUGUUCAAGAGGGAAACACAAAACCCAGCUGAAAGUGAUUUGGAGACGAGAGCCAGUCUGUAUGAGCCAGGCAAAACCGUUCUCAGGUAUGAUGAGAAACUAGCCUCAGCGCCCCUGCAGCCUUCAUCACGGGAGAUCAUCUUUGGACCACUUCAUUCAGAGAGUUCCCACAGCAGUGAGAGCAGUCAGGAGACAGGAGACUCUGGAAAUUACUCCAACGAAGAGAUGAGCAAUCCAUCCACAAGCCGAAGCUCCAGACCAGAAUCUUUUGGGUCAGAUGAUGGUGUCACUGUAACUGAGCUAAAGCAGUCUUUUGAAGUGGAAAAUGAAAAGAUGCCGAGUCAUACCUUCCAUCACUCCGCCGCUGAUGCUUCUCAGUUCAGUGGCUCCUUGGAUGGCUCUAAUCCUUCUCUGCACGUGACCCAAGCAGCGGAAUCCUGACCUUACCAGGCCUGUGUCUGCUCUGCAGCAGCUGGGACUACACCACCUCUACCUCGUUUGCUUCCUGAAGUUCAAGCCUUGAUUAUUUCCUGAGACACAAAGGGAUCUGCAAACCUGCUGCUGAGGUGGAGGCAAUGUGCUCUUGCUUCAGCUCGACCUCAGGAUAUUGUAUGAAUGAUCGUUAAAGCAUUUUAUUUCCAUUUAUUUUACAACUUUCUACCUGUUUGACUGUGUUAGGUGUCGUCUGUCCUUAACCAAAGCUCACCCACGAUGAAUGUUAAAAAGAAUGUCAGAAAUGUACUGUGUUACAUUUUCGUUAUAUUUAAUUACUUUCCACUGGAGUGAAGGCUGUAGUAGAGCCCUUUUGACUGAUUAUCUACCUCAGUGCUCUGUUCUUGUACAUACAUUACUACCUCCUUUUCAUGUUGUGCAGUAUUAUGAUCUCACACUCAGGGGACAAGGUGAAAACCUGUCAUUUCCACGUCUUGUAUCCUCUGUUAGGACAUUUCUAUCAUGAAGUCCUCUUUUUUUUUAAUUCUCUCUCUUUUGUUUCAUGGUUGAAAGAGAUUUUGUUUCAUAUAGUAUGUUUAUGAAUGGUGUAGGUGUGGAAAGAACAAGUGCAUUAGAUACUGUCAUACUAUUUUGAGCUUUACUUAACAUAUAUCGUUUGACAUGUUUGGUGCACUGAACUCAAAGCUUUAAUAUGGCCUUAAUAUGGAAAGGGCUUUGCAAACAAAGAUAAUGAGGUCCAAAGAGGAGAAAUUAUACCCAAAGAGUUUUUGAAAAUACAGAAGAUAUUCUAAGGCAACCAAAAAUAUAGUGGAUGUAUAUUGAAGGUGUGUUUGCCAAAAAAUAUAGUUCUUGCCAAUGAUGUAAAUUUCUCUCAGAAUAAUGGUUCGAAUGCUUUUCUCAGUGUAUAUUUCCACAAUGCUUUAUUCUGGUGAAAGCUUUAGCGCAAGUCUCCUGGACUUGUGUCCCAUUUGCCUUCUAGGCCAUUGCUAAAUGCAGCGGUGACGCCGGUGCUAUUAUCCAAAGAGUUGUCUGCUUCCUCAGAUGGGUAUAGCUUCUAAUUCAGUUGAUCCUUGGUGUGAUGAGGUGGAGAUUAUUCACAGACCAAAGAUGCAGUGUUUCCUCCCAGUGUCAGAUGAUGAUGAUGUUUAUUCUUGGGAUGGAGAAAUCAUCUGUCACGGUUCAAUAUUACUGUAUAGGGAAGAAUUCAUCACCCUAUAAUAUUUGCUGUCCAGGUGUGACAGUGAAGGAUUCUGACUAUCAUAAAUGAAACCCUAUGUGUGAACAGCAACAUAAUCAUUUUUUAUAUCUUUGUAAUACAAAUAAUCCUAACCAAAGAAACUUGAAGUCUCUGUUAUUUAGUGAUUUUCUUUGGUUAUCAUUUACAUUAUUUGAAAUUAAAUAGAUUUCCCAUGGUUUUGAUUGCUAGAAAAGCAUUUUUCAUAGUUAUUUUUUUUGAAAAGCUUGAUAUGUCAAAAAUCAUUCAGUCUUCUUUUUAUCAACCUGAAAAUUCACCUGAAUUGAACUUAGAUUACAUUGGAAAUUUAAAAUUUAGAUUCUCUUUACUACCACUGUUGAAUGUGACAUUGUGCUAAAUUAAUUAAGCAGAAGUCCGGUUCAAAGUUUGUCAGUUUGAUACAUAAACAACAAUAAUAAUUUGAAAGCCACAUGUAAUUUUUGCUGACUCAAUUCAAGUGUUAAAUGUAGUUUUAGAGUGUAGACUUUCAUGUUAUUAUUUAAGUUAUGGGUUUUUGAAAUGUCUGCUUUUGAAUACCAAAGUACAUCUUUUUAAUUCAAGUGCGCAACAAAACAAAGUAUUUUAUGUGUUGAAAUGUUGCAGAAGGUGUUUUGAUACUCUCAAGAUGAUCACAAAUACUAGAUAAUAAAAUUGUUCUUGGAAAAAUA